AGUGACUGGAGAAGACCGGGCUGAAUCCGGACGUCAGGAAAGCUUGUGUAUAGUAGGGUGCAGAAAGAGAUGUGGAGCACCCUUCAAACGGACACGGAGCCCACUUCCUCGCGCUGUCGCAGCCGAGGCCACUUCUGGGUGCUGACGGUGGGGGCGGCUAUCGGAGUCUUCUUUCUUGGCUUUCUUAUCGGAUGGCUGAACAAUAAACCUACAGAUCAAUUGCCAACAGCAGGUACUCACGAGAAGAUGAAGAAGACCUUUAUGAUGGAAAUGAAAGCUGAGAAUAUCAAGCAUUUUUUAUACAAUUUUACUCGGAAGCCUCACUUGGCUGGCACGCAGGAGAACCUGCGCCUCGCCAAACAAAUACAAGCCCAGUGGAAGGAAUUUGGCUUGGAUUCGGUUCAGCUGGCUCCCUAUGACGUUCUGCUGUCCUACCCAAAUGAAACAAAUCCCAACUACAUCUCAAUUGUGGAUGAAAACGGGGACGAGAUUUUCAACACCUCAUUAUUUGAGCCUCCUCCUCCAGGAUAUGAAGAUGUUGAAAAUAUUGUACCACCCUUCAGUGCUUUCUCAGCACAGGGCACACCAGAGGGAGAUCUGGUAUAUGUGAACUAUGGCAGCAUUGAAGAUUUCCACAGACUAGAGCGCGAGAUGGGAAUUAACUGCUCCGGGAAAAUAGUCAUUGCCAGAUACGGGAAAAUCUUCAGAGGAAAUAAGGUGAAGAAUGCAGAGCUGGCUGGAGCCAAGGGUGUAAUUUUGUACUCCGACCCCGCGAACUCCUGUGCCCCUGGCGUGGCACCUUACCCAGAUGGCUGGAAUCUUCCUGGAAGAGGAGCCCAGCGUGGAAAUGUGUUAAUCCUGAAUGGUGCUGGGGAUCCUCUUACUCCAGGAUAUCCAGCUAAAGAAUACGCCUACCGCUAUGAUGAAGCGCAAGCAGCAGCCCGCUUAAAAAUUCCUGUCCACCCUAUUGGUUACCAAGAUGCUGAGAGGCUGCUGAGGGAGAUGGGAGGGCCUCCCCCGCCGGACGACAGCUGGAAGGGAAAGCUCUCUGUGCCUUAUAAUAUUGGGCCAGGCUUUCAAGGAAGUUCUUCCAAAAACAAAGUCAAAAUGCACAUCCACAGCUUCAAGAAAGUGACAAGAAUUUACAACGUGAUUGGUACUAUCCGAGGUGCGACCGAGCCAGACAGGUAUGUAAUCCUAGGUGGCCACCGUGACUCGUGGGUGUUUGGUGGGAUUGAUCCGCAGAGUGGAGCUGCUGUCGUACAUGAGAUUGUCAGGAGCUUUGGGAAGCUGAAACAACAAGGAUGGCGACCUAGAAGAACGGUCAUAUUUGCCAGCUGGGAUGCUGAAGAGUUUGGCUUAAUAGGAUCCACGGAGUGGGCUGAGGAAAAUGUCAAAAUACUACAGGAGCGUGGCGUGGCCUAUAUCAACGCUGAUUCCUCCAUAGAAGGCAACUAUACCCUUCGAGUUGACUGCACCCCACUGAUGUAUAGCCUGGCUUACAAUUUGACUAAAGAGAUCCCGAGCCCUGAUGAAGGGUUUGAAGGCAAAUCUCUUUACGAAAGCUGGUAUGCGAAGAACCCAUCGACGGAAUAUAAAGGCGUCCCCUGGAUCAACAAGCUGGGCUCCGGCAACGACUUUGAAGUCUUUUUCCAGAGGUUGGGCAUCGCUUCCGGCAGAGCCCGUUACACGAAAAACUGGAGAGUCGACAAAUACAGUAGCUACCCGGUUUACCACAGCGUGUAUGAAACCUACGAGAUUGUGGAGCGGUUCUAUGACCCCACGUUUAAGAAUCACCUGGCUGUAGCCCAAGUGCGGGGAGGGCUGGUGUUUGAGCUGGCUGACUCGACCAUCCUUCCAUUCGACUGCCGGGAUUACGCCAAGGCACUGAGCCGCUACGCUCAUGUCAUUUACAACAUGACCCUGAAGCAUCAGGCGGCGCUGGUCACGUACAGCGUAUCUUUCGAUUCUCUUCUCGAAGCGGUGGAGAACUUUUCGGAAGCCGCCAACGACUUUCACAGGAGACUGCAACUCCUGGACACCAAUAACCCACUUGAAGUGAGAUCUUGGAAUGAUCAGCUGAUGUUUUUGGAAAGAGCAUUCAUUGAUCCUCUUGGAUUACCUGGCCGGUCGUUCUAUAGACAUGUCAUCUUCGCUCCAAACAACCACAACAAGUAUGCCGGAGUGUCUUUUCCUGGGAUCUAUGAUGCUCUGUUCGAUAUUGCCAAUGUGGUAGACCAACGCAAGGCCUGGGAGGAAGUCAAGAGGCAAAUCUCCAUUGCAGCCUUCACAGUGGCAGCGGCAGCUGGGACUCUGAAACCAACAGCGUGAAACACUAGAGACCCCAAGACGUUGACUGUGCUCGAUGCAGGCCUACUUAGUUCAGAGCUUGGAGGCCCUAAAGACCAUAAAAUCAAGUUUCCUUGCGGGAACUCAAUACUUCCAUUAGGCUCCUUGGCUUGCAGACAACAGACCUCGAAAUUGAGCAAGUCAAAUGGUGCAGAAGCAAAUAAAGGAGACUCAAUGGCCACUUUUGCUAGAAUUCCUCAAGCUCUUCCAAAACAAAAGAAUUUGUCAAAAAUAAUAAUAAAGAGAAUGUUUGGAUGUCAGCCUAAUUUUCCCUCUGCAAGAUCACGGAUCCUGUCAGCAGGGCUGGCCUUAGGAUAAGUAGUGCCCUGUAUGAGGAGUGUCUUUGGUCCCCUGCCCAUGGUCAUUUUUGCAGGGCUACCCAGAAGUUUUAUAGCACCUGUUGCAGGUGUGAUGUUGGUGCAACCCCUCAGCUCUGCUUGACGUUUGGGGUGACUGCCCAGAUCGCCCACCCUGGCUGUCAGUUUGCAUUAACUUUCCUGGCAGUUGAUUUGCAAAGCAAAGGUUAAAGGUUAAACCAACCUGUUACAGGAUGAGGAAAAAGAAGAGUAUGGAACUGUGAUUGUUGGCCAAGCUUAAUAUUAAAAGUCUUUCACAGCUGAAAA